AUAUUUGUUCAGUGAAUCAAACAAGGAGUCAAUCGUGGGCUACAAAAUAGUUUUGGUUGGAUCAAAUUUGGAUAAAUAUUUGACUAAUAUUCCAAAUUUUCCGUACAAAAAAGCGCCACCAUUAAAGUUUCAAAUCACAAUCCCCCGCCAACCAAAAUCCUCUUCAAUUUCUCAGUAUUUCUUCCCCAAUUUCCCAUCUCGAUGAUCGAUCCCUGUGUAAGCGUACACGCUCAAAAUCGAGAAAUUCCUUGCAUGUAACUUGUGAUUAUGCAGAUAAGUCAUUGAAGCAGGGGAUCUAUGGAGAGUGGAAUGGUAUCAGUGGAUCGUUGGACUGCUGGAAGCCAAGUCUACUUUCUAACUCACCUUCACGCCGACCAUUUGUGUGGACUCACUUCCAAAUGGUCGAGGGGACCCCUUUACUGCUCCCGCAUUACUGCUAAGCUCUUUCCCAUCAAAUUUCCAGGAUUUGACUUCUCUCUCCUUCGCAUUGUUGAAAUUGGUCAAUGGCACUCUGUUUCUCUACUAUCUCCUUCUUCUGGUUCUUCUACUACUGUCUAUUUCAUGGCCAUCGAUGCUCAUCAUUGCCCUGGAGCAGUAAUGUAUCUGCUUCGUGGUGAAUUUGGCUGCACACUCUAUACUGGGGAUUUCCGUUGGGAGAGCACAAGUGAGAGAGCACAAACUGGAAGGACCAUGCUGCUUAAAGCUAUGAAGGAUGUAAAGCUUGACAUGAUUUACUUGGAUAAUACUUACUGUAACCCGACAUAUUGUUUUCCUUCACGUGAAGUUGCUGCUAGACAGGUUUUAAGCAUCAUAUCCUCUCAUCCUAAUCAUGAUGUUGUCAUUGCUGUUGACACAGUAGGGAAAGAAAAUCUUCUGCUGUACAUAUCACGUGUCCUGAAAACAAAGAUUUGGGUGUGGCCAGAACGCUUACAAAUUAUGCAUAUUCUUGGGUUCCAUGACAUCUUUACUACUAAAACUUCAGUGACAAGGAUUCGUGCUGUUCCUCGUUAUAGUUUUAAUAUUGAGACUCUGGAGGGACUGAAUACAAUGCGUCCAACCAUAGGGAUCAUGCCAUCUGGUCUCCCUUGGGCGCCGAAAGCUUUCAGAGGAAAGGAAAAACUUUCCUCGGAAUCUCCUCCUUUGCUACUUCAUAAUAGGUGGCACACAGAUGUUACAACCUCUAUUACCUCAAGCAAGCCAAAUGGAGGUUCAUUAAGUGCAGGGAGAUAUGAUCAUUACAUAUAUACAGUUCCAUAUUCUGAUCACUCAUGCUUUCCCGAGUUACAAAAAUUUGUUGAGUUUGUCAAGCCAAUCAAUAUCAAAGGCAUCGUAUCUUCAUCUGCUUCUAAUGUUGACCCCCUUUACCACUUUGGAAGCAUUUGUCGAAUUCAACAAGCAUCAGAGGUCUUAUACCAGAGGCUCAGAAGUAAAAGAUAUGAAAAAGUUGUCAUUGACAUGAAGUCUUCCUUUGGAUGCACCAGUUCGAUGCAAUUAGGGAGGAAAAGGAGAAAAAGACAAAUUUAUAGUGCAGGUAUUCAUUUUAGUAGGGUGAGGUUGUUGAGAAGAGAGAGGCAAGGAGUAAAGAUUGUGGAUACAGAUUCUGAUUAACCUACUAGAUGGCCUUCCCUAGCUAUUUUCAAAUACACAGGUUCUGAAUUCAUUUCAUUGUGCGUAAUGAUGUCGAACUUGCUUCCACCGUGUCAAUAGAAGCAGCAAAGGGAACUUAGUUUAGAUUUUAGCUUGUAUGUCUCGAGAUCAUCUAUUAAAUUUGAAGAGGUCAAGAGUUCGGUUUC